ACACUGACCUGUCAUCAUGUACCUCCUCAGUUCUUGUUUUCAUUUAGCCCGCUAACUCUUUAGCGUCACGUUAAUUUUUCGAAGAAAUAUUUUGUUACAAUAUGAGUGAGAACCAUCUAUUGGGUACCACGGACCCGAACAAUUCUAAAUAUGCAUGGAGAAAAAGACCAAGGAAAUUCUCAUCAAAAUCUAGAAAGGGAUGCAAGACUUGCAAAGCUCGGCGAAUCAAAUGUGACCAAGCUCGACCGUAUUGCCAUAAAUGCGUCUCGACGGGUCGUGCUUGUGAAGGUUACUCAGAGAAUCCCUGUGCCGCCGCUGACGACAAGAUCACACCUACCAUAUGUGACAGCAAUGCACAAUCACAACCUAGUCCCCAGGUCCUGGCUAGCUAUGCCAUUGCUGAUCUCACUUGGGAGGGCCAAUCGCACUCGGAAGAGCCACCGCACACCUCCGGAUCUACCUUUCCGCUGAGUCCCAGGUGUCCUCUUAUCCUAUAUCCGAACACCUCCGAAGAGUAUUUACUGCUGAACUUUUUCAGCUUUAAAACGCUUCCGCAGCUAAGUGGACAUCGGCAAUCAAUACCGUGGGCCCAAACUGUCAUCUUCUUUGCGAAUACCGCAAAAUGCGUCCAUCACGCCGCCGUCGCAUUGGGCUCGCUACACCAGGACUAUUUCUCAGAACUUUCUGGACAGAGAACCCGUCGCCAUGUCCAAAAUGAAAACCCAAAUCUUUUCGCUUUAUAUCACUAUAAUCUUGCUAUCAACCAUCUCUUGAGCUCUAGCAGCUGCUCUGGCGAUACUAUUAGGGACAAGGCUGUUACCUUACUAGUAUGUUAUCUUUUCACCUGCUUCGAUCACCUCGCCGGCAACUGCACACGAGCGUCCAAACACCUACAGAGUGGCACAGCUCUUUUGAACGAGACACGGGCGUCAAUAGGAGACUUUACGGGGAUGACUCAAUCCUCUAGCGACCAAGAGUUGAUUGAACAGAUCACCGAGCAGUUUCGAUACCUAGAUAUGCAAGAGUCAACGUUCCUCUUGGGGUGGUCCCCUCAUAAUCAACCUGAGGUUUGCAUGGAUGAGGAGGCCAGUGACCAAGUCAGCUUCGGGCCAACUGAUAUUAGACUGAAUUCUCUUGCCCAUGCUGCUAAUCUGCUGGACGAUCUAAUCUUGAAAAUUAUGGGAUUGCGUCGCUGGGAAUCUAUUUUCAGAAGGUUCAGACAGACUGGUGUAUCAGACACUAGUCCUAUUUACACCGCAACACUUCGUGGCUUUCUGAACUGGCAGGGUGAAGUAGCGGAUGAGCUAGAAGCGUGGUCGGACGGUUUUACGAUGCUGCUAAGGUCAAUUUCUGAUCAUUUAUGUGCAUCCGAUCAAUAUCUCGUAGACAUGCUGCGAUUCCAUUAUAUCGUAGCAUCAACUCUCCAUUUUAUGUCCUUGGGUACAACUGAGAUGAUGUACGACACUGUCUUGACGGAAUUUAAGACAGCGGUAUCGCUAGCCUCUUCGUUGGCAAACAAUUGUGUGGAGACUCCGGAGGGACGUGCGUCGGACACGCUGAAAAUGGAACCAAGAUUCACUCUCGAAUUUGGCAUUAUACCAGCACUUUACCUCGUUGGGAUGAAAUGCCGCAAUCCCUCACUCAGACGUGAGAUAUUGUAUAUUCUGAGGCGAAAUCCACGGCGUGAAGGCAUGUGGGAUAGCAUAUCCACGGCUCGGAUUAUUGAACGAGUAAUGCAGAUGGAAGAAGGACAAGACAGUGCGGGGUUCGAGUUAGGAGUCAAAACUAUGGCGGAUAUUUCGCAUGAUAGGCGAAUAACAAGAGCACAUUGGGGUCCUGUCAAUGGACUUUUUGGGACGCUGGGCUCCCAGAUAGAGGUAGUGUAUGACUUUUGUUCUUCAGCAAAGAGACAGCCUGUUCGUGAGACCAUUAUACUGUAAUAAGAGUCUGACCACAGCCUCUUCGAUUUUUACUAGUACACAUAUUCUGUCAGUGCGGCGGCUUUUGUUGUCCUCAACCAAUAGGAGUCUAUCCGAAGUCUUAUUACGUCAGCAUUUGGUCGUGUCGGAGUUACAAAGGAAGCGAGACUCCCUUCUAAAAUUCGAAAAUAAUUCCUUGUAUCCUAGCUAAUCUUCACUGUCA